AUGCUCCGUUAUCCCUCCCGUGCGUCGUUGCACUUGCUGACGGUGCGUAGCAGCAGUGGCACAGUGGCACAUCCAGCCCUCCUCACCUGUAGCCGCCGCUUCACAGAUAAGGUACUGAUCGGUUCGUGCUCUUCUCUUUUCACGUGCUCAACGACGACAGGGCUUUUCCAUCUACUGGUCACCCCUGUCAGCCCUUCUGUUGCCUUGGCAACGCUGGCGACAGCAGCAGCGAGCGGCGCCUUGUGCGUCGUCGACGGCGGCAGCUUGAACGGCACAACCUUUGGUGCCGUUGUCGGCAUCUUCAUUGGCGCUAUGGGCGGCUUCUACGCCAAGUCACAGAAGGAGCCGUGGCGCAAGUAG